ACACCAUCACCUGUUUGGGGAAUUUAGAACAACAAGAGGACAAAUAAUAAAAAAAAAACAAAAAAGAGUAGAAGGAGGAGGACGAAGAGGGGAGUCUUGCAAAGCUGAGUCUAACCCCCCCCUGCUUUCUCUCACAUGCACACACACAGACACUCUCUCCCCCUGCCUGUCUUUUCUUCUGUCUCCUCCACUCUCUAUGCUGGUGUGGUGAGCAGCAGGACGCUCUCCACUAAGCUGCAUGGAAGCACAGGGAGGGGCAGGGAGCCCAGAGCCCAAUAAAGACAUCCAGAAGCUGCUGAAACCCUCCAGCUCAGGAGACCUAAACAAGGAGCUGUUCCAGCACCCAGCAGGAGAGGAGGAGAGCUGCCUGUCAGGACACACUGCGAGCCUGCUGCACAUCACUGAGAGGAGACAACCACUGAGCAGUGUAUCUUCUUUAGAGGUGCACUUUGACCUCUUGGACCUGACUGAGCUGACUGACAUGUCCGACCAGGAAUUGGCCGAGGUGUUUGUUGACUCCGAGGAGGAAAACCACAACGAGUUUCCAGCAGGUUCCCAGCAGCCUGUGCUGCCCAAAUGUGGGUACAUGCGCUCGCCCUCAUGGACACGCUGCAGCAAAGUAGAGUCCCAGCGCGAGAGAAAACACCACAGCGACUCAGACACGGCAGAGCCCCUAAUGAAGCUGGAGAGGCCCAAGCAGCCGUGACGCCUGGUGUGAACGUGAAUCUGCCAGACAGCAGAGAGAGGAAAGCCGGAGCCAGACAGACUGAGUCAGAGCGGGAACACGACGUGGACCCAGAGGCCCACAUCUGCCACCGAGCCCUCACAUGCUGUAAUGUCUCAUGGUGCUGAACAGAAGAGUUCAGAUCAAACUCUGGACACUGUGCUCUGUACUAAAGAUGUGCAAUACACUCUCUCCUUCUUUCUCUCCCUCUGUCUCUCACACACCCCCACACACACACACAAUCAUGGUAAAUCGAUGCACUCUGGGCAGCCAGAUGUUUUUCAGUUUUGUUUUUAGAUGAUAUACAGGGUAUGAGGCCAGCAGAGUUACAGGGCCUCCAUCUUAACCACCUCUCAGGAUAAGAAACAGUGGAAGGUCAUCGUGAUCAGUGCUGAGAGUUGUGUCCACCGCGUGAGGUCAGACCUAACGUGUGAAGUUCAUACGUUUCACACUGCAUUACCGGGACACGAGCUGAAGAAUUAAUCAGUCGCGUCAAAUAUCGCACCAAGGCCGUUACUUCAUGUGCCGCUUGAAAAUGUGACAGGGUUAAAUAAGCAACUUAAACAAUGCAUAUCAUACCGCCUCCAUCUUAAAGCAACACUAUGUGACUUUCGAUGACUUCCGAGCAUAGACCUUAUAUAAAACAUGGAUGUUAUCUGCUGUUUGCAGAACAAAAGCCUCAACUUCUCAUUUCUGAUUUGACAGACAUCAACUGCAACCAGGCACCUACUGGACAACACCAGCUGUCAAUCACAGUGGUGUCCACUCAUAUGCGUUGUGAUUUGUCAUCUUUUUUCCUCUGAAUGGAAACAUGAUUUACAAAAAGUGACAUCAUGUGCUUUUGAAGAACUGAAACCUGGCAAUUGAGACCAAUGAAAACCUCAGGAAAGAAGUUAUAGAUAAAGUGAGAUUUUCCAUAGACCUCCACUCAAAGGGAGUUCUUUUUUAAAUCAGUGAGCGGUUCACUUACAUUUUUCUUCCUGAGGCUUGCUUCACUUCUCAAACCUGGGUUGCAAUUUGAGUGACUGACUAUCAGAAGUGGAAAAUGUCCAGACUUCAGUGCAUGUCUGGAAACAGCUUGUGGUGUAAGAAACUACUGAACAGUGAAGGGACCGAGAAAAUGACUGACUCGAUUUAUGGCACAAAAAAGGAGGAGAAUAUCAUUCUCCUGUCAUAUAUUGCAAAUGAUGGAAGUGGCAGUAAAAUGGUAUAUUUAUCACCGGGAUCCACAGGGGACACGAGAUAAGUCAGUUGCCUGUUCAUGUUAAUCACUUCUCACAGAAUUCUCUCACAAAUCUUACACAGAGCAAGGACAGAGGCUCAGAUGCAGUGUGGGAGUGAAGGAUGCUUCAUUCUCCCCCUAUUACAAGUCAGUGACCUAUCAGGAGACCCAACAAAGACCCAUCAAAGAAGUUACAGAGUGUUGCUUUAGUAUGUUAAUUGUCUAUAUAAAAAGCAUUGCUCUUCUAUUAGUGAAUCAUAUACAUGAAGCGUCGGCAGUUGGUGCACUCACUUCUCGUCUACUGCUGACAAACAACCUAUCACUCUCACACUCACAGUCAAUUUAGAGCGUGCAAAUACCGUAUCUAUGUUUUUGGACUUUGGGAGGAAGCCGGCGAAAACACACACGCACACACAAGGAAAAUAAUACAAACUCCACACAGAAAGGAACCAGAAUCCGAACCAGUGACCUUCUUGCUGUGAGGCAACAAUGUUAGCCGUAGUGUGCAGAAGAUAUGGACAUUUUAAUCCCAAGAGUUGUAAUGAUCAUCAUUAUUAUCCAUCGUCCAUAUUAUUACUAUUAUGUUUUAAUUGAUGGCUUUCAUCACCGCUGCAAACUCGCUGACUUCCUUACUCUCCAGACUCUCAGUUUUAUUUGGAGCCAUUUGAAACAACGGUAGAAUCACACAAAGUGGAUUUGCUUAAAUGCUCAAAAUUCAAGUGCCAACGUUUUUGUAAUUCUCUUUUUUCUUUUUUAAUAAGAACAUAUGAUGCAAUAUUUCUUUUUUUUAAAGCUGCUGUCAGAGAAUUUAUUUUUUACAUGCUGUCUGUUACCAUUCGCCUCCUCCUUCCCUUUUGUCACCUCAUGAAAACAUUUGACGAGGAGGAUCAUUUAUUCACCCACAAACAGUCUAAUCUCACGAUCAGAGAGGACCGCCUCUUUGUGGACUUCUGGCUCCUGAUUGGAUAGUGUUGUGGGAAACUGUUAAAUGUUAUUCCUAGACUAAUUACAUCCAUGAUUUUUAAGUUGUGUAUAUCAAGGACAGCAGCUUUAAUCUUGUCCAUACCAGGUGUGCCAAUAAUUCAGAGUGCUCUGAGACAAUAGUGUAAUAGAAACACUGAGGUUGUACUGACACAGAUCUGAGAUGUGAAAUGAUGUUGGGACUUGCUCCUUGUUUUAAGGGGGCGAGUUAAGUCAUAUAACAUCAAUAACCUUUCUGCAUUUACUUUAUGCUGAGGGGUUAUUGUGGAAUUAAUGACCAAUCACACAAGAACGAUGUUGCACUACCCCAGUUUAAGCAAGCUACAUUAUUCAUGCAAGAAAACAAAAAUGAUGAACUCACCAACACUGUUCACAUGCAGAACAGGAGGACAACACAGACCCAUGUGUCCCGUCCUGCUGUCCCUCAUGUCGGCCUCCGUUAUCCUCCUUUUUUGAAGAGCCAGUCAUUUUUUCCCCAGAGAGAAAUCAACAGGCAGAAAAAGAUAAAUCACGAUGACAUACAUGUAACAAGUGAACAGGUGCAAAUAAAUGAAAUAUAAACUAAA